GGUGCGGAGGGAGGCCUUGCGGGCGGAUCGGGCGCUCGGCGGCGAAGGUGGUGGGAGGCGGCGGGCGGGAGCGCGGGCCCGACCGGUGCUGGCGAUGGCGGACGCGGCGGCCUCCCCAGUGGGCAAGAGGCUGCUGCUUCUGUUCGCGGACACCGCGGCCUCAGCUUCGGCUUCGGCCCCCGCGGCGGCGGCAAGCGGAGAUCCGGGGCCUGCGCUGCGCACUCGGGCCUGGAGGGCCGGCACGGUGCGGGCCAUGAGCGGGGCGGUGCCCCAGGACCUAGCGAUCUUUGUAGAAUUUGAUGGCUGCAACUGGAAGCAGCACUCCUGGGUUAAAGUUCAUGCUGAAGAAGUUAUUGCCCUUCUACUAGAAGGGUCACUCGUAUGGGCACCUCGCAAAGACCCAGUCCUUCUCCAGGACACUCGCAUGUCAGUUGCACAGUGGCCAGCCCUGACUUUCACUCCCCUAGUAGAUAAGCUAGGUGUGGGGUCUGUGGUUCCAGUUGAAUACCUUCUGGAUCGAGAGCUUCGAUUCUUGUCGGAUGCUAGUGGCUUGCGUCUGUUCCAGAUGGGAACAGAGAGCGAACAGCAGAUUCUUUUCGAACAUGCUGCACUGAGAGAAGCAGUUAAUGCUUUGAUUAGUGACCAAAAGCUACAAGAGAUAUUCAGCCGAGGUCCCUAUAGUGUUCAAGGUUACAGAGUGAAAGUAUACCAACCAGAGGGGGAAGAGGGAUGGCUGUAUGGUGUUGUAGGCCAUCAAGACUCUAUCACCCGUCUUAUGGAUGUGUCUAUAACUAAGAGUGGUGAGAUCAAGUCAGUCGAUCCCAGACUGAUCCAUGUGAUGCUGGUGGAUACCUCGGCACCUCAGAGUGAGGGGGGUACAUUAAAAGCAGUAAAAUCUUCCAAAGGAAAGAAGAAGAGAGAGAGCAUAGAGGGAAAAGAUGGCCGGAGGAGAAAAAGUGCUUCGGACUCUGGGUGUGACCCUGCAUCAAAGAAAUUAAAAGGAGACAGGGGUGAAGUAGACAGUAAUGGGAGUGAUGGAGGUGAUGUAAACCGAGGGCCCUGGAAAGGAGGAAGUGCCUGUGGAGAGCCAGGCCUGGAUCAGAGAGCCAAGCAGUCACCAUCUACAUUUGUUCCCCAGAUUAACCGCAACAUUCGCUUUGCCACUUACACCAAAGAAAACGGCAGGACUCUGGUGGUGCAGGAUGAGCCCGUAGGUGGGGACACACCUGUAACUUUCACCCCAUAUCCUACAGCAACAGGUCAGACACCUUUGGCCCCAGAGAUGGGUGGAACUGAACUCAAAGAGGCAGGAAAAACACUGGAACAAGUUGGACAGGGUAUGGUGGCUUCAGCAGCUGUGGUCACUGCCACAAACUCCACCCCAACCACAGUGAGGAUCUCAGAUUCUGGCCUUGCAGCUGGGACUGGGCCAGAAAAACAGGCCUCAGGAGAGAAUUCAAGAAAUUCUAUUUUGGCCUCAUCUGGAUUCGGAGCGUCCCUGGCAAGUUCUUCACAACCUUUGACUUUUGGAAGUGGAAGGAGUCAGUCCAAUGGAGUUCUAGGCACAGAGAGCAAACCUUUGGGCUUUUCUUUUGGCUGUAGCUCUGCACCAGAGUCUCAGAAAGAUUCUAAUCUCUCCAAAAACUUGUUUUUUCAAUGCAUGUCCCAAACUUUACCCACCAGUAACUACUUCACGACGGUUUCAGAGAGUUUGGCUGAAGAUUCCUCUAGUCGGGACUCAUUCAAACAAAGCCUUGAGAGCCUGAGCUCAGGCCUGUGUAAGGGCAGAUCCACUCUUGGAGCAGACACUAAGCCGAGCUCUAAGACUGGCAGCUCUGUGGACCGGAAAGUGCCUGCAGAGUCCAUGCCUACCCUCACUCCAGCCUUCUCAAGGAGCCUCCUAAAUAACCGCACCCCAGAGAGUCACGAAAAUCUAUUUUUACAGCCCCCCAAACUGUCCCGAGAAGAGCCUUCUAACCCUUUCCUGGCAUUCGUGAAGAAAGUUGAACAUAGCCCUUUCAGCAGCUUUGCAUCUCAGGCAUCAGGUAGCUCUUCCUGUGCUACCACAGUCACCUCCAAGGCAGCACCCAGCUGGUCCGAGUCUCACUCCGCUGAUUCAGUAUCUUUAGCAAAGAAGAAAACCCUUUUCAUUACAACUGACUCCUCCAAGCUGGUGUCUGGUGUUCUCGGCUCAGCUCUAGGCAGUGGGGGACCAAGCCUCUCUGCCAUGGGCAAUGGCCGCUCCAGCUCUCCCACCAGCAGCCUCACCCAGCCCAUUGAGAUGCCUACCCUCUCCUCGAGCCCCACAGAGGAGAGGCCAACUGUGGGUCCUGGGCAGCAGGACAAUCCCCUCCUCAAAACCUUUAGUAAUGUGUUUGGCAGGCACUCAGGCAGCUUUCUGUCCUCCCCGACAGAUUAUUCACAGGAGAACAAAGCUCCUUUUGAAGCUGUGAAAAGGUUCUCACUGGAUGAGCGAAGCUUGGCUUGCAGACAGGACUCAGACUCCAGCACCAACAGCGACCUGUCAGAUUUGAGCGACUCUGAGGAGCAGCUGCAGGCCAAGACUGGUCUGAAGGGGAUUCCGGAGCAUCUGAUGGGGAAACUGGGCCCCAAUGGGGAACGCAGUGCUGAGCUAUUGCUGGGCAAAAGCAAAGGGAAGCAGGCCCCCAAGGGCCGGCCUCGGACUGCCCCCCUGAAAGUUGGCCAGUCAGUGCUGAAAGAUGUGAGCAAAGUGAAGAAGCUGAAGCAGUCUGGAGAACCGUUCCUGCAGGAUGGGUCGUGCAUCAACGUGGCGCCUCACCUGCACAAGUGUCGGGAGUGCCGCCUGGAGCGGUAUCGGAAGUUUAAGGAACAGGAGCAAGAUGAUUCUACUGUAGCCUGCCGCUUCUUUCACUUCCGGAGGUUGAUCUUCACUCGAAAGGGGGUACUUCGUGUGGAGGGAUUCCUAAGCCCUCAGCAAAGUGAUCCUGAUGCCAUGAACCUGUGGAUUCCCUCUUCCUCCCUAGCAGAAGGGAUAGACCUAGAGACCUCAAAAUACAUCUUGGCCAAUGUUGGGGACCAGUUCUGCCAGCUUGUUAUGUCUGAGAAGGAAGCCAUGAUGAUGGUGGAACCUCACCAGAAAGUGGCAUGGAAGCGAGCUGUGCGUGGAGUACGAGAGAUGUGUGAUGUCUGUGAAACAACUCUCUUCAACAUCCACUGGGUUUGUCGCAAAUGUGGAUUUGGGGUCUGCCUUGACUGUUACCGGCUAAGGAAAAGCCGUCCACGCUGUGAGGCAGAGGAGAUGGGUGAUGAAGAAGUUUUCUCCUGGUUGAAGUGUGCUAAGGGACAGUCACAUGAGCCAGAGAAUCUCAUGCCUACCCAGAUCAUCCCUGGCACAGCUCUUUAUAACAUUGGAGACAUGGUACAUGCUGCUCGUGGCAAGUGGGGAAUUAAAGCAAACUGCCCUUGCAUAAGUCGGCAAAACAAAUCUGUGUUGAGACCUGCUGUCACCAAUGGAAUGUCACAGCUUCCUAGCAUCAACCCUAGUGCCUCUUCUGGAAACGAAACUACCUUUUCAGGCGGAGGAGGGACUGCAUCAGUAACAGCUCCAGAGCCCGACCAGGUUCCCAAAGCGGACAGCUCUGACAGCAGAUCUGAAGAGCCUCUGAAAGCAGACAGUUCGGCAUCCAAUAGCAAUAGUGAGCUAAAAGCCAUCAGGCCUCCUUGUCCGGACAUGGCCCCACCCUCUUCUGCCCUGCACUGGUUGGCAGAUUUAGCAACUCAGAAAGCUAAAGAAGAAACUAAAGAGGCAGGGUCCCUGAGGUCGGUGCUCAAUAAAGAGUCUCAUUCACCGUUUGGGCUAGACUCCUUCAACUCUACUGCAAAGGUCUCUCCGUUGACUCCAAAGCUUUUUAACAGUCUGUUACUGGGUUCCACUGCCUCUAACAAUAAAACUGAAGGGUCUAGCCUUCGAGACCUCCUCCACUCUGGACCCGGAAAGCUUCCUCAAACCCCCCUGGACGCAGGCAUACCCUUCCCCCCAGUCUUCUCUACAUCCUCCACAGGAGUGAAGAACAAAGCCAGCCUACCCAACUUUCUUGAUCACAUAAUUGCCUCAGUGGUGGAAAAUAAGAAAACCUCAGAUGCUUCAAAGCGGACCUGCAACUUGACUGAAACCCAAAAGGAAGUGAAGGAGAUGGUAAUGGGGUUGAAUGUGCUAGACCCCCAUACUUCACACUCCUGGCUCUGUGAUGGAAGACUCCUGUGUCUCCAUGACCCUAGCAACAAAAAUAAUUGGAAAAUCUUCCGUGAGUGUUGGAAGCAAGGCCAGCCAGUGCUGGUUUCAGGGGUACAUAAAAAGCUCAAGUCUGAACUCUGGAAACCAGAAGCCUUUAGCCAAGAAUUUGGAGACCAGGAUGUUGACUUGGUAAACUGCCGAAACUGUGCUAUAAUUUCUGACGUCAAAGUUCGGGACUUCUGGGACGGCUUUGAGAUCAUAUGCAAGCGACUGAGAUCAGAAGAUGGACAACCGAUGGUGCUUAAACUCAAGGACUGGCCUCCUGGGGAAGAUUUUCGAGACAUGAUGCCAACAAGAUUUGAAGAUCUGAUGGAAAACCUUCCUCUGCCAGAAUAUACGAAACGUGAUGGCAGGCUCAAUCUGGCCUCUAGGCUGCCCAGCUACUUUGUAAGACCUGAUCUGGGCCCCAAGAUGUACAACGCCUAUGGCUUGAUAACAGCAGAAGAUAGAAGAGUUGGCACAACAAAUCUUCACUUGGAUGUGUCUGAUGCUGUAAAUGUGAUGGUGUACGUUGGGAUCCCCAUCGGGGAGGGUGCACAUGAUGAAGAGGUGCUGAAGACAAUUGAUGAGGGAGAUGCUGAUGAGGUGACAAAGCAGAGGAUUCAUGAUAGAAAAGAGAAGCCAGGUGCUUUAUGGCACAUCUACGCGGCCAAGGAUGCUGAGAAGAUCCGAGAGCUGCUUCGAAAGGUUGGAGAAGAACAAGGUCAAGAGAAUCCCCCUGAUCAUGACCCAAUUCAUGACCAAAGCUGGUACCUGGACCAGACCCUCCGGAAGCGACUCUAUGAGGAGUAUGGUGUGCAAGGCUGGGCUAUCGUGCAGUUCCUAGGUGAUGCUGUCUUCAUACCUGCCGGAGCACCCCACCAGGUUCACAAUCUAUAUAGUUGCAUAAAAGUAGCAGAAGACUUUGUGUCUCCAGAACAUGUAAAGCACUGUUUCCGCCUGACUCAGGAAUUCAGGCAUCUCUCUAACACUCAUACAAACCAUGAAGAUAAACUGCAGGUGAAGAACAUCAUUUACCACGCAGUGAAAGAUGCUGUCGGCACUCUCAAGGCUCAUGAAUCGAAACUGGCAAGGUCUUAGGCAUGGAGAAAUUCCAGACUCCCCUGGGAAGCAGGUCUUUCCCUCACACCACUUACAGGGAGCAGCAGGGUUCACUGCUGGAGCAGAGGUCCCUCACCCAGAGCCAGUGUGGUCAGUAUUACAAACUCUCCAGCCACUCUUUUCUACGCUGCCUCAACACUGAAGGUUGGCACAGAAAAGUCGCACUGUUCUCUCUCUCUCUCAUACACACACACACACACACACACGCACACACACACAGUUUCAGACUACAAGCCGAGGUGGCACAUCCCAUCCUGUGGCCUUUUGGGAAUUCGAAUUGCCUGAACAUCACUGGGCUUUCCUAAACAUUCUCCUGGUCUAAGAUUUAUAUGGAAACCAGGAAUGUGGGCACUGCUAGCUUUUCUUCUCCUCUUGUGCCUCGAUAAGUGGGAGUGUGUUUGGAGGUGGGGAGAAUCCCAUAGCUGAUGCACACGAAGGAUGGUUGCUUCAACACACCUGGUGGGAGCCAAAUGGGUCUCUGCACCUGACCUGUGGCACGGCAUCCCAGGAGCUGGGAGAAGCCAUUCCCCACACUCUCCCGUGAACACUGCAAUCUGGCAGGACCCAGGGAGAACCCACUGCUUUUCCCAGGAGGCUCCAGGAUUAGGAAAUGUGUGUAUUUAGUGAAAAAUAGGUUUGUAGUGAAAUAGUUACUAUUUCAUGAAAGUAGAUAUUUUUAGAAUUUUUGAAAUACCACAAUUGUUUUCCUGGAUUAUGAGGAAAGGCACAUUACAUUUAGUCUUCCUUUCGAUGAAACUCUUUGAAGAAAUAGGGUUUUUAGAAUUCAGCUGCCCACUAUAGCACAAAGUCAGCCAAAGCAGAAUUUAAAAGAAUUGGCUUUUUAGGGUUCUUUCAGUCUCUCCCGACUCCUUUCAGUCUUACCUUGAGGGAGCAGUCAUAUGAAAACUUCAUCAAGUCUGAGCUGUGGUGUGCUCCCCAUGGACACAUACUGGUCACUCCAGGAACCAUUUUCAACUGUUACCAGCGUUCCCUUGGGACUCUGCCUAUGUUUCCAAAUACAAAGGAAAGUUUGAUUUCCAACUUGAAGUUUUUUGUUUUUGGGUUUUUUGUCCAGAAAUAUUUUCAGCAAAACUUUCCAACUCAGUGGAGUUUUAGUAAGAAUUUAUUUGAAAAUGAUGGAAUUCAUUGGCCCAGAGGUACAUUGGGAAUGGUAUCUUUCCAGCUGUACUGUAGUGCCCUGCCGGUUUGUUUAUAUGUUCACAAUUAACUUUUUUUUUAAUAAAAAUCAUUUACUGUAGAAUA